GUCAAGUAAUUCCAUUUCAGCUGGGGAAGUUAAUUCAGCUGUCCCAACUAGAUUUGAGUUCUAACGCACUUGAAGGUCAUAUAGCAUCAGAUAUUAGUAAAAUGCAGAGUCUGGAGAUACUUAAUAUAUCCCACAACAAUCUUUCUGGUUUCAUUCCAACAAGUAUGGAAGACAUGCAUGGGCUAACGUAUGUUGACAUAUCCUACAAUCACUUGGAAGGCCCACUUCCCAACAUCAAAGCAUUUCAAGCUGCUCCUCGAGAAGCAUUACAAGGGAACAAAGGCUUGUGUGGCAACACAACAUUUUUGCAACCCUGCACUUCUAGCCAAAAAAAGGACCCUAAACUCAUACUUUUGAUGAUCUUCCUUUUUCUUGGAACAAUUGUACUUCUAGCCUUUAUAUUUGCUUUUGUACCAAAAAGGAAAAAGAAGCAUCAACAUCUAGAAGCAAAAAACAGGGAUGAGGAAAUUUCUUUUUCGAUAUUGAAGUUUGAUGGGAAGACAAUGUAUGAGGAAAUCGUCAGGGCAACAAAAGAUUUUGAUUCUAUGUAUUGCAUAGGGAAGGGAGAACAUGGAACUGUCUACAAAGUAACUUUGUCAAAUGCUAACACAGUAGCUGUGAAGAAACUCCAUCUGUUAUGCGCUGAUGAUGAGAAUCUUCAAAAGGAAUUCUUGAAUGAAAUCAGGGCACUAACUGAGAUGCGACACCGAAAUAUUGUGAAGCUUUAUGGUUUCUGUUCACAUAGGCGACACUCAUUUUUGGUGUAUGAGUAUCUUGAAAAGGAUAGUUUGGCCACAGUGUUGAGCAAAGAUGAGGAAGCUAAAGAACUAGGGUGGAGUAAAAGAGUGAAUAUUCUUAAAGGUGUAGCUCACGCCUUGUGUUACAUGCACCAUGAGUGCUUGCCACCAAUUGUGCACCGGGACAUAUCGAGCAAGAAUAUUUUGCUGGAUUCUGAAUAUGGGGCCUAUGUUUCAGACUUUGGCACCGCUAAGUUCUUAAAUCCAAACUCAGCUAAUUGGACUGCCGUUGCAGGCACUUACGGAUAUGUUGCACCGGAGCUGGCGUAUACAAUGGAAGUAAAUGAGAAGUGUGAUGUUUAUAGCUUUGGAGUGGUGGCAUUGGAGAUAGUUAUAGGAAGACAUCCUGCAGAUCUUCUCUCAUCUCUAUCAUUGGGGUUGUCGUCAUCGUCAACUGCCUUACCAGCCCAUACAAUGCCAGUUGAGGAUGUUUUGGACCAACGCAUUUCCCCUCCAACACAUCAGGUUGUAGGGGAAGUGCUCUCGCUUAUGAAGAUAGCAUUUGCAUGCCUGAGUUCCGGUCCUCAAUCUCGUCCAACAAUGAAACAAGUUUCUCAACAAUUUGAAACAAGUUUCUCAACAAUUUGA